CUCGCGUCGGAGGACCGGAAAGGAGGCGGACCCGCGGCGGCGCGCGCUCCCGGAACGUGCGCACCGCAGACGGCGCGGAUCUCAAGGAAGCGGUCCGCCGCCGGAACGGGAGCCCGAGUGCCUGUGUGGAGACAGGGCUCGUGAGAGACUGUCGCGAUGAAUACGGUGUUGUCACGGGCGAACUCCUUGUUCGCAUUCUCGCUGAGCGUGAUGGCGGCGCUCACCUUCGGCUGCUUCAUCACCACCGCCUUCAAAGACCGGAGCGUCCCGGUGCGGCUGCACGUCUCGCGGAUCAUGCUAAAAAAUGUAGAAGACUUCACUGGACCUAGAGAAAGAAGUGAUCUGGGAUUCAUUACAUUUGAUAUAACUGCUGAUCUAGAGAAUAUAUUUGAUUGGAAUGUUAAACAGUUGUUUCUUUAUUUAUCAGCAGAAUAUUCAACAAAAAAUAAUGCUCUAAACCAAGUUGUCCUUUGGGACAAGAUUGUUCUGAGAGGUGAUAAUCCGAAGUUGCUGUUGAAAGAUAUGAAAACGAAGUACUUUUUCUUUGACGAUGGAAACGGUCUCAAGGGAAACAGGAAUGUCACUCUGACCCUGUCUUGGAACGUUGUACCAAAUGCUGGAAUUCUACCUCUUGUGACAGGAUCAGGACAUAUAUCUGUCCCAUUUCCAGAUACAUAUGAAAUAACGAAGAGUUAUUAAAUUAUUCUGAAUUUGAAACAA